CGUUCCUCCCUGCGACUUUGGCGGACUUGCUUUCUUUGUCUCCUCUACUCUUUUCCUCUCUCACGUAAGAUACUCCUUCUCUCCCGUUCCUCCCUGAAACCCAUGGAGGCCUUCCUGAGAUCUAAGGAGUCUCCCUGCAAGAAGAGUGAAGAAGAUGGAAGUCAGGCUCUGAAACGCUUCCAAUCUCUCAUCGGCAAAUGCGAACUUCGCCAUUGCACGGACAGUUUCCUCAUCGUAAGGAUUGCUAAACCACAAUCUGAUAUCGCCACAGAAGAUCUUCCGAAGCACGCAGCAGAAGAAUCGAUCAGCGUCAAGGAAGGGAAUGAAGCUUCUUUUAGUACUUACAUCCCUAUGAUUUUGAGGGUUGUGGCCAUCAAUGUCAAUUCUGAUCUCUUAUCCCAGAAUAGCAUUCAGUUCCUCAAGCUUUUCAAUGAAAUGAAGAAAGAAUCAAAAGUGGGACAUCUAAUUAUUCAGAUUGAAGCAUCUGAGGAAGAUGCCUUUGCUGGUCUUCUAGAGUGCAUAUACUUCCCCACCCAGUUUGAAUCCCCAUCUUCUUAUGCAGAGAUUGUGGAUCUGCUAUCGAUGUCAGAAAAGUACCAGGCUCUCUCAUGUGCUAAGAAAUGCAUCAGCCUGCUGACUGAGAGACCAGAAUGGGCACUUUCCUGCUUUGAGCUUGCUGCAAAAGUGCACUGGGUUGAUCUAAGUCACUUGCUGACCAAGUCAGUGAAGCAGUACUUUAAUUACAACCCUUGUCACUUAAUCAGCCACAAGAAUGAACUCCUGAAGCUACCCUUUGUUGGAAUUGAGGCACUCUUCAGCGGCGUUGCUCUUGAUGUGGAAACUGAGGAUGUUAUCUAUCAAUUCAUACUGGACUGGGCUAAGACCCAUUGCCAGAAUCCAGAGGACUGCUGCUCUGCCAAGGAAUUGCACCUUGAAAGCUUUAUCCACUUCCCUUAUCUGGCAUGCCAUAAGCUGGAAGAGGCGCUGCAAUAUGAAUACUUCGACCGAGAAUCCAUAAACAAGGCUGUCAUUGAGGCUCUGAAUUUCAAGAUCGGGGCACCAUACCGCCGCAGGCUUGCCUCAGAAGGGUGUGACAGCAACCAAUUUAUCGAGCGGGAUUAUAGGCAAACGCCCAUAAGGGUUAUCAGGCUUUCAGCUUUUCAGCUUGAGUGUUGCAAGGUCUAUUUCAGCCUUACAGAGAAUGAAGUGUGGGAAAUGUACCCAGAAGGCAGAAGAGAGUUUGAGACUUUUCGGUUUGGUCCUCAUCUCUUCAGUCUAGUGGCUGCCUGCAGCAAUGGAACAAAGAGACACUAUUUUCAGUUAAGCAUUACUGCUGAAGGGAACCACUCACAUGAGGUGGUCUAUGCCAUUAAGUAUGAGGUAAUGUGCCAAGAGAAGUUUAUGCCGAUUGAAAGAGGCACUUUUGUAGGAAAUGGAACUUAUUUCUGCGACAACCUGUUCAACAAAAGCUGGGAGGAUACUUUUACUGAUGAUUGCCGUUUCUUACUUGGUGGCAUUCUUCACCUAUGUGUGGAGAUUACUUACUUCCAGUAAGAUGGCUGACAUGAUUGUCAAUUUCCUGCUAGGAUUUAUCCUCAUUCCAAAAGGUACGUAGGAUGGUAGCAUCGCCUUCGAUAUGCUCAAAUAAGUAGGCAAUGUGGGAGGUGUUUCUAAAGAUGGAGAUCUUAGGAAGCUUUUAGUGUAAUCAAAUUACAGAAAACAACUUGCAUUGUUUGAAAUAGCAUAAGAAGCAGUAGUGUAGUUCAAAAUAAAGAAAACAGCUUGCAUAGUUAGAAGUAGCAUAUAUUAUGCCUGUAUUUGGUU